UUGUGUUCUGUAAGGUUGUAACCGUACGAUCUGAGGAGUGCGGAGUUCUAAAAUUAAAUAAAAACUUAUGGUUUUACGUAAAUAUAUAUAAUUUCUAAUUAAAAUGUCAGUCAAUCUUUUUAUGCGGUUACGUUGUUUCAAUUUUUCUAUACAUAAUCGAUGUUAUACAUUUACAAGAGUCUGCAGUUUUCAGCGAUUAUAUCUUCAUGCUAACCGAUCGCAUAGUUAUUGUAAUCCAAUCUUGUUUUUAGAACAAAAAAGAUUUAAAUAUAAAAAAUCCAAGACUUUGGAAGAAGAAGAUACUGACAAUGAAGAUUCAGAUGAAGAAAAUGAGUUUGGUGUUCAAGGUGUAGUACUAACUGGAAAGAUGUUGUCUUUAAGAGUUGACUCUGUUUUAAAAGCUGGGCUCAAAUUGGCCAGAAACAAAGUGGAAUUGAUGUUUUAUGAGGGCCGAAUUCGUGUAAAUGGCCAAAAAAUUGCUAAGAAGAGUCUGAAGGUAAAUGUCAAAGAUGAGAUUGAUAUUGUAAAAGGGGUGAGUAACAUGAACCCCUCCUUCUUGUCAGUAUCAAGAGUUGUUAUUAUGAAAGCUACUGGGGAUGAGGAUGGACUUAUAGUAAAAAUGAAAAGAUACAAAAACUUAGAUAUUGAGAACUAUCCAGGCGAGCAUCAAUGGUCGAGUUAAAGCACAGUUCAGUGUGUAGAAACCUAAGUACCAUUUAAAUAAGUUUAAAAAAUGUCAAAUAAAAGUGUGGUGCAUUCUGUGUUACCAUAGGACAAACAAAGUACCCCCACUUAAAUGGACUACUAAGACACUUCUAUCUAGCCAUGCCCAUGUUUAUAUAUGCCAAAUUGUUCGACUCAGAUUGGAGCCAUUAGGGCUGCUGAGGAUGGCCAAUGAGCCUGAAAUGAACAAAAUAAAGAAAUAUUUUUGCCA